GCCCGCCUGCCCGCCGGCGCCCGGGAGCGCCACCGCCACCGCCCGGCCCAGGCCCAGGCCCAGUCCCAGGCCCUGCGCAGAGCGGAGCGGAGCGGCGUCCACCCGGGCCCAGCAAGCCGGCGCGGCGGGGGCGGGCCCAGGCUCUUCGGCGUAUCUUCCAUUCUCCUGGGCGGGAGCGGGAGGGAUCGGGAGCCCCUGCGCCCCUGAUCGGGCUGGGCCCGCUCCCAUGGCGAGCGCGGCCUGCCCGGGCCCCGGGGACCCUGCCAUGUGAGGCAGGCCCCGGGCUGGGGGCCCGGCCAUGGCCGGGGAACGGCCCCCACUACGGGGCCCAGGGCCCGGGCCCGGAGAGGCGCCGGGGGAGGGGCCUCCGGGGCCGGGGGGCGCUGGCGGAGGCCCGGGACGGGGCCGCCCCUCCUCCUACCGGGCUCUCCGCAGCGCCGUGUCCAGCCUGGCGCGCGUGGACGAUUUCCACUGCGCCGAGAAGAUCGGGGCCGGCUUCUUCUCUGAGGUCUACAAGGUUCGGCACCGACAGUCAGGGCAAGUCAUGGUGCUGAAAAUGAACAGGCUCCCCAGUAACCGGGGAAACACGCUGCGGGAGGUGCAGCUGAUGAACCGGCUCCGGCACCCCAACAUUCUAAGGUUCAUGGGGGUCUGUGUGCACCAAGGGCAGCUGCACGCUCUUACAGAGUAUAUGAAUGGGGGGACCCUGGAACAGCUGCUCAGCUCCCCCGAACCCCUAUCCUGGCCUGUCAGGCUCCGCCUGGCUUUGGACAUCGCCCGCGGCCUGCGGUACCUGCAUGCCAAAGGUGUAUUCCACCGAGACCUCACAUCCAAGAACUGUCUGAUCCGGCGGGAAGACCGAGGCUUCACAGCUGUUGUGGGCGACUUUGGGCUGGCUGAAAAGAUUCCUGUGUAUAGGGAAGGGGCAAGGAAGGAGCCGUUGGCUGUGGUGGGUUCCCCUUACUGGAUGGCUCCAGAGGUGUUGCGGGGUGAGCUGUAUGAUGAGAAGGCCGACGUCUUUGCCUUUGGGAUUGUCCUCUGUGAGCUCAUCGCACGAGUACCUGCGGACCCUGACUACCUACCCCGUACUGAGGACUUUGGCCUGGAUGUGCCUGCUUUCCGAACCCUGGUAGGGGAUGACUGCCCACUGCCCUUCCUGCUCCUGGCCAUCCACUGCUGCAGUAUGGAACCUGGCACUCGUGCUCCCUUCACUGAAAUCACCCAGCACCUGGAAUGGAUCCUGGAGCAGCUGCCUGAGCCAGCCCCCCUCCUCAGGGCUCCCCUGGCACACAGUCAGGGGUUUGUUCCAAGAGGGGGUCCCUCUGCCACACUUCCCAGGCCAGACCCCCGGCUCUCCCGAAGCCGGUCAGACCUCUUCCUGCCCCCGUCGCCAGAAUCGCCCCCCAACUGGGGGGACAAUCUGACUCGAGUCAACCCCUUUUCACUACGGGAAGACCUCAGAGGUGGCAAGAUCAAGCUCCUGGACACACCCAGCAAGCCAGUCGCCCCCCUACCCCUUGUACCACCAUCAGCACUGCCCUCCACCCAGCUGCCCUUGGUGACCACUCCAGAGACCUUGGUCCAGCCUGGGACACCUGCCCGCCGCUGCCGCUCGCUACCAUCAUCCCCUGAACUCCCCCGACGUAUGGAGACAGCACUGCCAGGUCCUGUCCCUCCUGCUGUGGGCCCCUCGGCUGAAGAGAGAAUGGAGUGUGAGGGCAGUAGCCCUGAGCCAGAACCCCCGGGACCAGCUCCCCAGCUGCCCCUGGCCGUGGCCACAGACAACUUCAUCAGCACUUGUUCCUCAGCCUCCCAGCCCUGGUCCCCUAGAUCAGGAGCCCCCCUUAACAACAACCCCCCAGCCGUGGUGGUGAACUCCCCACAAGGCUGGGCUGGGGAGCCCUGGAACCGGGCCCAGCAUAGCCUGCCCCGUGCAGCAGCCCUGGAGCGGACAGAAGCCUCGCCGCCCCCGUCAGCCCCCCGGGAGUCCGAGGAGGGGCUGCCCUGCCCUGGCUGCUGCCUCGGCCCCUUCAGCUUUGGCUUCCUGUCCAUGUGCCCCCGCCCCACACCAGCUGUGGCCCGCUACCGCAACCUGAACUGCGAGGCGGGCAGUCUCCUCUGCCACCGGGGGCACCACGCCAAGCCACCCACAACCAGCCUGCAGCUGCCGGGGGCACGCUCUUAGCAGUGGGGCCUGUGGUCUCUGGCCUCCACCCUUGGCCUUCAGGAUGCCCUGUGAGGACAGAGCGCACAUGCUGGCCUGUGCCAGCCCCGGAUGGGCUGAGCAGCGCUUCUCCCUGUAGAGGGGAACCUCGGCAUGGACGUGAGGAACACAACAUUUCCUUUGCAUCCCCUGAGCUUGCUCUCCCGUGGGGAUCACUGAACCAGACAAAGCGUUGCUGACACACGAGACUAACACGUGCAAAUUAUUUAAAAAUAUUUCAAUAAAACUGCCUGGCUGGCUCCGGGCUGCCCCUA